UUACAUACUGUAAAAUAAAUUUAGUCAUAUUCAUUCUGCUAAGUUACGACGUGGUGUGAAUAUAACGUCUUAUUAAAACAAUACCAACAAACACGUUCUUAGUGACUUAAUUAUAUAUAUAUUCAUAUAAGUAAUUAUUUGUGAAAAUAUGAUAUAAUCUUGAAGAAAUAAUAUUAUUAUAGGAAUAGAAAAAUUGGACUAAAUAAUAAAGCCGACAUGUAAUGUGACUGUCCACAAGAUGGCGGUGGGAGAGGCCCGUGUGCCGCUUCUACAUGAAGACAGACGCGGACACCAUGAGCCCCGUCGCCUCACGGGCGCUUCUUUGGUUAUAACUUCACUGGCGGCUGGUGCGGCGGCCGGAGCCCUGGCCAAAACGGCCAUCGCUCCCUUGGACAGGACCAAGAUCAACUUCCAAACCUCCGAGAUACCGUAUUCCUGGCGCGCUGCCGUCCGCUUUAUAACCCACAGCGCCCGCACCGAGGGCGUAGCGGCUCUGUGGCGGGGAAACAGCGCGACUAUGGCUCGCAUUGUUCCCUACGCCGCUAUACAGUUCACAGCGCACGAGCAAUGGAAGACGUUGCUGAAGGUAGACUCGCCGGAGACAGCGCAAGGUUCUCCUCUCCGCCUGUUGUUGGCGGGUUCUCUGGCUGGCGUGACGUCACAGAGCGCGACCUACCCUCUAGACCUGGCUCGGGCUCGGAUGGCCGUCAGUUCGUCCAGGGAGUACACCUCGCUGCGGCAGGUCUUCGUGAGAGUCAUCAGGGAAGAGGGCCUCCGAACGCUGUACAGAGGUUACCCGGCGACUGUCCUCGGUGUGGUCCCGUACGCAGGCGUGUCGUUUUUCACGUUUGAUUCCUUGAGGCACUGGUACCUGGACCGCCACGGCGUGUCUCCGAGCGGCGUGACCAACAUGUUGUUCGGUGGCGUCGCGGGUGCUCUCGCCCAAACCGCUUCCUAUCCUCUGGACAUAGUGAGGAGACGAAUGCAGACGGCUCACCGGCGCCCUGACGCCUCUUACCCCUACCCCACGAUACUGGCCACGCUCGCCUCCGUCCACAGGUUGGAAGGUUGGCGCGGGUUUUUCAAAGGUCUGAGCAUGAACUGGAUCAAGGGACCCAUAGCCGUGGGCAUCUCGUUCGCCACUUACGACGCCAUCAAAUCCGCGUUGAGAGACAUCUCGCUGACGCUAGUUACCUAACCUCACGCCAGUUGAUUUUUUUUUUCGUAUAUAGACGAUUAUAUCAAGGAACAGCACAAAGUAUUAUUUUUUUGUAUACAAAUGUGCCUUAUUAUAUAAAUAUUUGAAUCUAGAUAAGAGAUUGAUGUGUACCCUCAUGUGUGACGG